CCAAAAAGUGGUGGUGAAAGCUCUUGGUCAACGUACGAGGCCACAAAAAAAAAAGGCCUUAGUCUCUCUGCUCGCUUCAUUACAAAUCAUGGAUAUUAGCACUUCUUACGGCACUCUCGGAGGGCCCAAUAUUACCAUUCGAGAAUUAUCGAAAAAGCACAUUCGAUUCAUUUUAAGUGAUACGGAUCUAAGUGUUGCCAAUUCGUUGCGAAGAGUCAUGAUUGCCGAAGUGCCCACAGUCGCUAUUGACAUGGUAGAAAUCGAAACGAAUACCACUGUGCUGGCGGAUGAAUUUCUGGCUCAUCGUCUGGGUAUGGUGCCCAUCGACAGUCGCGAUGUCGAGAAACUGCGUUACACUAGAGAUUGUACAUGCUCACAAUAUUGUCCGGAAUGUUCGGUGGAAUUGACAUUACACGUUAAAUGCACCGAAGAUCGUACCAAAGAAGUGACAAGCAGAGACUUGGUCUCGUCGAAUCCAUCGUUUGUGCCUGUUUUACAAGACAAGCAUGAUUCCGGUAUUCUUUUGGUGAAAUUACGCAAAGGACACGAAUUAAAACUGAAAUGUAUCGCGAAAAAGGGUGUGGCUAAGGAACAUGCCAAAUGGAGCCCUGUGAGCGGUGUCUCGUUCGAGUACGAUCCAUAUAACAAAUUACGGCAUACCCAAUACUGGUUUGAAGAAACCGAGGAGGAAUGGCCGUUGAGUAAAAAUGCCAGCGAGGAAGAAGCGCCAGAUCCAAAUGCACGUAAGUAUUGAAUAUCUUGUUGAUGGGGAUAUCGGGACAAUUGAAUUUACGGAUGAUGGUUUUUAUUUCCAGCAUUCGAUUACAACGCCAAGCCUGAUCG